AUGCAGCUGUCCAAGUUUCAUUUUGAGGGCCGGGAGAUCAAGCUGGUGAUGACGUGUGCUGCGUUCAUCACCAUGAACCCGGGAUACGCCGGGAGAACAGAGCUCCCCGACAACCUCAAAGCUCUCUUCAGACCUAUCGCCAUGAUGGUGCCCAACUAUGCCCUGAUUGCUGAGGUGAGUUUGUACUCCGAGGGAUUCGAGUCCAGUAAGACCCUGGCGAGGAAAAUGACCCAAAUGUACAAGCUGUGCUCGGAGCAGCUGUCUCAGCAGGACCACUACGACUUCGGCAUGAGAGCCGUCAAGUCCGUCCUGGUCAUGGCGGGGUCAGGCCACCCACUCAUGCAUACACAAUAAGCGC